AUGGCAUACUCUCAUCUUGAUAAACAAUCGAGAGUCCUGAAGGAGAUCCUAGAAGAUGGAUCAAUAAUGGAAGGUGCUCACAUACCACCCAUCAUGCGUAUUGCCAACAUCCUUGAUCUUUCAUCGGACACAGUAAGUUGGGAGAAAUUGAGUAAAGAAGAGAUUUUGGAGAAGAUUUUCCAAUUGAUAGAGACUAUGAAUGGUGUAGUACUCUUACCUGCUGGCCAUAAGUCUCAAGUAUUUGAUCAUGCUUGGAAUCGUGAAUAUACAAUGUAUCGUCUUAGCCAAAAGAAAGAUAGGCUUUCAGAACUCUUCUCAGUUCGUAUCAAAAACCUUGCAAGCCUUUCUGAUAAACAUGAUCUAAAAAUCCCGUUUGAAUGGUUGAACAUGCUUCCUGACACAGAGGUUGAAGCGAGUUUAGGAGAGGCGCUGAUUUGUCUUCACGUCAACUUACACUUUGACUUACUCAAAGAAUUGAAGGUUAUCUUGAGAUCACAGCCAAGGAGGGCUAGCACGAACUCUCGAAUCAUUGGUACUUGGACUGACAACCUCCCAGAACACCUUCUGAUAAAGACUCCAGAGUUCAAAAGAUUCUUUGCGCUACGAGACCAGAAAGUCAAAGGUUUAGGUCCUGUAUAA